UGCAAAAACCAACAUGGACCUGCAAGGACUCUCAUGGGUGUCCAAAAUCCCCUGUGGGUGUGCAAGGACCCUGGGUGGGUGUGCAAGAAAUCUCAUGGAUGUGCAAGAACCGUUAAAGGAGUGUCAGAGCCUCCACGGGUGUGCAGGGACUCUCAUGGGUGUCCCAAAUGCCUCUGUGGGUGUCCCAACCCCCCCCAUGGGUGUGCAAGGACCCUGUGUGGGUGUUCAAAAAUCAUCACAGGGGUGCCAGAGCCUCCAUGGGUGUCCCAAACCUCUCCUGGGUGUGCAGAGACUCUCAGGAGGGUCCAAAAUCCCCGUAGGUGUGCAGGGACCCUGGCUGGGUGUGCAAGAAAUCUCUGGGUGUCCCAACCCCUCUUGAGGGUGCAAAAACCACCAUGGUGUGCAAGGACUCUCAUGGGUGUGCAAAAACCUCUCCUGGGUGUGCAAAAACCUGCACAGGUGUGCAAGGACUCUCAGGAGGGUCCAAAAUCCCCCAUGGGUGUGCAAGAAUCCCUGUGGGUGUGCAAGGACUCUCCUGGGUGUGCAAAAACAAUCACGGGGUGCCAGAGGCUCCAUGGGUGUGCAAACCCCUCUUGAGUGUGCAAAAACCUCCAUGGGUGUGCAGAGACUCUCAGGAGGGUCCAGAGACCCCCGUGGGUGUUCAAGAAAUCUCAUGGAUGUUCAAAAUCCCACCAUGGGUAUGCAAGGAUCCCUGUGGGUGUGCAAGAACCUUCAUGGGUGUGCAAGGACUCUCAGGAGUGUCUAAAAUCUGCUGUGGGUGUGCAAGGAGCCUGUGUGGGUGUGUAAGAAAUCUCCUGGGUGUGCAAAAACCAUCACAGGGGUGCCAGAGCCUCCAUGGGGGUCCCAAACCCCUCCUGGGUGUGCAAGGAUCCCUGUGGCUGUGCAAGAAAUCUCCUGGGUGUCCCAAACCCCUCUUGAGUGUGCAAAAACCACCAUGGGUGUGCAAGGACUCUGAGGAGUGUCCAGAGACCCCCAUGGGUGUGCAAGGAUCCCUGUGGGUGUGCAGGACUCUCAGGAGUGCCCAAAAUCCCCCGUGGGUGUGCAAGGAUCCUUGUGGGUGUGCAAGAACCAUCACAGGGGUGCCAGAGCCCCCAUGGGUGUCCCAAACAACUCCUGGGUGUGCAAGAACCAGCAUGGUUGUGCAGGGACUCUCAGGAGGGUCCAAAAUCCCUCCUGGGUGUGCAGGGACCCUGGGUGGGUGUGUAAGGACUCUCAGGAGUGUCCCAAACUCCUCCUGGGUGUGUAAAAAUCACCAUGGACGUGCAAGGACUCUCAGGAGGGUCCAGAGACCCCGUGGGUGUGCAGGGACCCUGGGUGGGUGUGCAAGAAAUCUCAUGGGUGUGCAAAAUCCCACCAUGGGUGUACAAGAACACUGGGGUUUUGGUGUCUCUUGA